AUGUUUUCAGUUAUUCUUAAUUUGAAUUCCCGCGCCAUCGCCUUUCAGGAGCGUGUCGUGCGUACACUCGAGCCGCGAUCGGAGCAACAGCAGAUGGAGGCGACGAUGCAGCAGCUCGAGACCACCAUCGCCCAACUCGAGAGCAAAAGCAGUGAGUCAAAGAGAGUUAGAUAGAUGAGAGGGAAAACUAAAUAGAGAGUCAUGAAAAGAGACAUUUCAUGACAGAGGCCCUGCCGCAAGUGCUGUUCGUGUCGCGAAUACGACUAUCUAAAAGAUACUCUAUCACGAGCCCUAUGACAGUCACAAUAAUUCUUUCUUUUCCAGAGUUUCCGCACGCGCCGCGCCACAAGCUGCGCGCCCCGUUUCGAACUGCCGCCUGUUUUGAAUUGCCGCCCGCCGCGUGAGGUCUACUGGCAGUCACGCGUCACGCGACAAUCCCAAAUAAUUCUCUCGUUUUGUUGUCACUCCGUUGGUUGAUCUCCCCCAAGUUUAGCGUAUUAUUUCAGUCCCCCUGUUGUUAUAGAGACUUCGGUCCGCCACACAUUACCCCUUUCGGCGGGCUCUUGAUCUUCGUGAGAAGAGAAAAGGAGCCCAGUCCCGAAGAUACAGAAAUAAAUCGUUUUAUACAAGAGAUCUGGUGUUUUGAAUGGAUUGUGUUACGUGAACGGGUUUAGGGCUUUAGGCAUACAAAACAUGGUGCAUACAGACCGAAUCAGUAACAAACAGAACCCGGAAAAUCAUGAAAAAACACAUUCAUUAGCUCGCCAGAGGCAAUUCUACGUAGUCUUCCCCGUGAAAUUAGCGAGGCCUUGGGCAGAAUAAAAAAAAUCGAUAUUUCAGGAUGAGUUCUCCAACAAGCAGCGAAGCCCGACAGCCAAAGAAGCCGGAGCAGUCCAGCAAAGGAAAGGUGCAAACCAUCCAAGUAAACGAGGAAUAAAAGCAGGGGACCAACGAGAGGGUUGCGCAAAGGGAGACGGAGGAAGACGGCAAGGGAGUCAUCAGCCCGGCCGCAUCCCCACUCUCGGACAGCGCCCUGAGUUGGAUCAUCGACGAAGAUCCGAUGCGGAGAGAGAAAACGCCGGAGCCAAGAUCGGAGCAACAGCAGAUUGAGGCGACGAUGAAACGUUUCGAGACCACCCUCGCCCGACUCGAGGAAAAAAGCAGUGAGUCAAAGAGAGUAGAUAGAUGAGAGGGAAAACGAAAUAGAGAGUCAUUAAAAGAGACAUUUCAUUACAGGAGCCCUGCCGCAAGUUCUGUUUGGCACGCGAGUGGCACAAGGAAUGGAGAAGACUCACAGACGAGAGCAUCAAGAACUGGAAGCAGGAGACGGAGCAGCGCUACGAGCAGCUGGAGGUCGCCAUCAGACAGAACAAGGAGCUCGCCAGACAACACCAAGGAGUCAAGAGCACAUGAGCGCCCGUGACCAAGCGAUCCAAGCGACCAAGCUACUCACCAAGAGGAAGAACGAGGAGGGAGAGAAGCCGGAAAAUCCCGCCAAGAUCUCGAGACCGACGCCGGCCGAGAAGUACAUGCAAGGGAUCGAGGCAAAAAGAAAGGCAAAGGAGGAGAAAAAACAACAGGUAAAGCAACAGAGAGUAGAGUGGUCAAUACAAGAGCAUUUCAGCCCAAAAAGACAUUCGCGUGCGUGUUGUGCGUCAUGGAUGGGCACAAAACAGCGACGUGCCCCAGAUUCGAGACGCAGCAGCAGAGGGAGACCCGACGAGUCGAGCUCGGGCUGUGCCUGAUCUGUGGCGCCGGCCACUCCGGAAAGUGCCGAUACACAAAGGCGCGGACCUGCGAGCUAUGCCCGCAGAACCAUCUCACGUGGCUCUGCAACCUAUUCGCCUAA